CCUUCGCUGCGCCCUCCUUUGCACCUUCCCUUGUGUCGCACUCGCGCCCUUUAAGCGCUAGCUGCUGACCGGUGACGACGACGCCUGCAGCCUUGCAGCUUGCUGCAUAUAGCUCAAGGAUUAUUGCUUGGGAGGGGGCGCAGCGGCAGGGGUAGGUUGACGAAGAUGGCAGUGGUGGUGGCGGGCAGCAGGGGGAGAGGGGAGCAGCAGAGGCUGCCGUGGCGUGAGGGGCAGCAGGAGGCGAGGAGUCCCGACAUGGCGCCGCCACGGCCGCCGCGACCAAGGUCCGGGCCGGCGAGAGCUGCCGUCGUGUACUAUCUCUCCAGGAACGGGCACCUCGAGCACCCGCAUUUCAUGGAGGUCGCACUCGCCUCCCCUGAUGGACUCUGCCUCCGAGAUGUGAUCGACCGGCUCGACGCGCUCAGAGGGAAGGGGAUGGCGCGCAUGUACGCGUGGGCAUCCAAAAGGAGCUACCGGAACGGGUUCGUGUGGCACGACCUGGCGGACGACGACUACAUCUACCCGGUGGCCGGGCGGGAAUACGUGCUCAAGGGCACGGAGCGGCUGCACGCGAUCCAGCUCCCGUUGCUCGACGCGGCCGCCGCGUCGUCCUGCUCAUCCGGCUCGCAGGAGACGGCCACGUCGUCGCCGCCCGGGUGGGAUAACGGCGGCGGCGUGGCGCGCCACAAGAAGAGCUCCGGCAACCCGACGGAGCUCGGUGAGUACAGGGUGUACAAGGCCGAGGAUCCCGCCGCCGCGGCCGCGGACGCCGCGACGCAGACCGAGGACGGCUACCGCAGCGGCCGCGGUGGUCACCAGAGGCACGCCCAGCGCGGCACGGCAGCGCAGGAGGAGCUGAGCACAGAGGAGACGUCGCCACCGACGGCGUCGACGAGCCCCGAGACGCUCGAGGCGCUGAUCAAGGCGGACGGCCGCGUCAUGGCGGCCGUCGCCGGCGGCGGGAGGACCAGGGCGUCCUCCGUGCUCAUGCAACUCAUCUCGUGCGGGUCCGUUUCCGUGAAGAGCGCGCUCGCCUCGCCGGUGAUGCCCCGCACCGCCCACUACCGCGCACGACCACCGCGCCAUCCUACACUCGCGUCCACCACCGAGAUUCCGGCCUACCGCCAAAAGAUCGUCGAGGACAAGGAGUACUUCAGCGGGAGCCUCGUCGAGACGAAACGCUCGUCACCGGCCAACACGUCCCAAGACCUGGCAGUUCUCCGGCGGUCAUCCUCUUACAACGCCGACAGUAUCUCUGUCUCGCUGCAUGGCAGGGCGCAGAAGGUGGAGCCGACGACGGAGGCCGUGGGCAUGCACGACAGGUGCAUCCCGCGGAGAUCCAGGGGCAAGAAGGCCGACGGCGGCUACCUGGUCAUCUCCGGCAACGCGCAGUACGGGGGCAAAAAGGUCGGGGGGUGAGGAGUUUUUUUGGACUUUGGUUUUUCACAGAGAGCUUUCUCGAGAAAAUUGCAGGCUAGCGGCCGGUGUGGUGAAUGGUGAUCUCGUACUACCUAUGUGACGAAAAUUUCGUGGUUGAUAGCCCAUAGGAGUAUAUGUUAGCAAUUAAAUGUGUCUUGUAUAUGUCUUAGUCUCUGAUCUCACAGCUCGUGGUUUGAAUUUGUAUUGUUGUUUGGAGAAUGAAUGAAUCGUUGUGUUCUGAAGAUCUAUUUCCUUGAUUUUGGAUAGUACUCUAGAAUGUGCAGGAAAUCUAUUAGAGUACAAACUUUGGGCUAUUGGCAUCAAAAAUCUGAUUUAUUUAUU